AUGGCGGUUGACGCCCCAAAUCCUUUGAUCUCCACUCAAAAGUCCUCCGACUCAGGCCUCCAAGUAGCACUCCAUCCACUGGUUCUCCUCACAAUCUCCGACUACAUUACGAGACACACCCUCCGUCGGCAGCAGGGCCCUGUCGUUGGAGCAUUGCUGGGACAACAAAAUGGCAGAGAAAUCACCAUUGAGCACGCCUUCGAGUGUCUGCUCGCCGAAGCUGAGGAUGAGAUCGUCUUAAAUCAGACUUGGUUUGAGGAGCGACUGCAGCAGAUGAAAGAUGUGCACAAAGUCCCGGCACUUGAUCUCGUUGGCUGGUAUUCGAUUUUGCCAGCUUCCGGCCCCCAGCCUGUGCAUCUACCAAUUCACCGCCAAAUCCUCCACUCUUAUAACGAAUCCGCAAUCCUGCUAGGCUUCCACCCCACGGCUGCUCUGGGGGGAUCGGCUGGGGGCAAGCUGCCUCUAACGAUCUACGAGAGCAACUACGAAGCAGAAGAACUGGCGACUGCGAUCGGAGAAGACAAGGAAAUGAAAGAUGGCGAAUCCCAAUUAGCAUUGAGGUUCAAGGUACUGCCAUACAGUGUUGAAACCGGAGAAGCCGAGAUGAUCAGUGUUGACUUCGUGGCACGAGGUGGGGGUAAUGCAACAGCGGUGGAUGGAACAACCAAGACACCGGCGGUCGAGAAGAGCGAACCAUCAUCCGACAAGGGUAAAGGCAAAACACGAGCCAGCAAGAAAUCAGAGGAGCAAGAUCCAGAAGCUUCGAAAGCGGACGAACAACAAAUUUUAUCCCGGGAAGACGAAGAAUUGAUUGCCUCUCUCACCGCCAAGGCGAACGCAAUCAAGAUGUUACAUGCACGGAUCAACCUAAUUGCGAUCUACCUCCAGAACCUACCACCGUCAUACAUAUUGAAUGUUGUGCCGGAAGAUGUGGAGCCAACCGAUAAGAAGUACACCCCGGUCAACCAUUCCGUUCUCCGGUCCAUUCAAGCCCUUCUUACCCGGCUCAGUCUCCUUGUCCCCGCCGAUGCCGUUGCGUUUGAGCGCGAGUUGAUGUCCGAACAAAACGACGUCAACCUCGUAUCCUUGCUUAGCACCCUUACUCAGAGUAUCAAGGACGUUAGGGAGACGGGUAGGAAGUUUGCCAUCGUUGAUACACAGAAAGGCAUUAAGUCCAAAUCUGACAGAUCUGGUGGUCCUUGGGGCGGGAGCGGCUCAUUCAAUGGUGUUAUGGGCGUUGGUGACCUUCUUUCCUAA